CAAGAAUUGCGCCGGCUCAGCAAGGCGGGCAGGGGGCUUUUGGUGUCCAUGAUCUUGCGGAAGGGCCUCCCCCUCGUCUUGCUGGCAUGUCGACUCGUCUUUGCAGAAGCAGAACUACGAGCGAGAUCGUACCAGGCACUCGCAGACGAUCACCUCGAGCCGCUGUUGGCGCUGUCCGACUUGAGCUCACUCGACUAUGACGAUCCUAGUUCGAGGCUAGCGAGCUUCCUCGUGCCUCGUGUUGCGGGCUCAGAUGCCCUCAUAGCGAUCCAGAAGCAGAUCAAGCAAGCCUUUGCAGAUCUGAGCAAAUCCUCGACCAAAGCAUCCGGCAAACCGACUUGGCAGCUUGACGAACAUGAAUUUGAAGCUUCUACGCCCAUCGGCAGCAUCAAGAUGACCAACCUCGUCUUCACACACGAUCCAGAGGCGGAGCUCAAGCUCAUCCUGUCUGCACACAUCGACUCCAAAUACUUUCCGCGCUCGCCAAUGAAUACGUUCGUCGGCGCGACGGAUAGCGCGGUGCCUACUGCAGUCAUCAUGGACGUCGCAGAAGCCCUGACACCCUGGUUGGACGAGAAACGGCGUGCCUGGGAAGAGUCAGAGGAGCGUGGCCCGAGGACGACGCUGCAGAUCGUCAUCUUUGACGGCGAGGAGGCCUUUGAGCGAUGGACAGACACAGAUUCGAUCUACGGAGCCCGUGCACUGGCUGAGAUGUGGUCCAAGCCAUCCAAUUCGCCUACUGCGGUUACCGCACGGUCCGCCAAUGAGCUAGGCGCAAUAGAUGUCUUGGUUCUGCUGGACUUGCUCGGCACACCUUCGCCCAAUGUGCCCAACUUCUAUGGACAGACAAAAUGGUAUUACAAUGUAAUCAGAAACGCUGAAGAUCGCUUGGGUCGCAACGGACAUCUCUGGUCCGAUCGAGAGGGCGACAACUGGCGCUCUGAUCAUGAUGACGAGAAGGGACGGAGCUUUUUCCCUUUGCCAGGGCACGACCGGCCGGUAUAUGGCAUAGAAGACGAUCACAUUCCGUUCUUGCAUCGAGGCGUGCCCAUUGUGCAUCUCAUCCCGGCACCCUUUCCCGCAGUGUGGCACACACUACGCGUAAGCAUCUUGCACCUUGCCCCUGCAUCGACUGACAGGCUAGAGCAGGACGAUGCAUCGGGGCUCGACUUGCCGACGAUCCAUGCGUGGGCACUCAUCGUACGACUGGCUACGGCGGAAUACCUGGGGCUCUCGCCCGGGAAAGCGUCUGGCGAACGCGACGAGAUGCAUCCAAGGAGGGCUUGGCAAGACGAUCUCGUGCGUUGACGAGCUGAAUCGCAUGCUGGCGUAUCCGGACUGAUCCUCUCGCGUUGGUAUACUCGAUUCAGUAGACAUCCGUUGGAGCAGAGCUGUUGUUUGACACUAUUACCGUAUGCGAACUAGAGAAUGCCGGGGAAGAUUGCUUUGCGUGACUUGGGCAGCUCGUUGCCGAAUUGAGCUUUGUACCACUUGUGCCCACUGAUCGCACGCGGCAGCAUAGCCGAUACUUCGAGCGCGA